GCGGGACAUUUGAAUUUACGUACCUAAAAUACGGGACAAAAAUAAUGGACUUGACUGAUUUUUUUAUCUCUGUUAAUUGCUUUACAUAUAUUUAUCAUCGUUUUUAAUUAUUGCAUGUUUAUACUCGUAUUUUGCUAUAACUAGGUAACUGCUGUCAAGAGCGGAUACUUAUCUUGUGUCCAUUUUACCAGCUAUUGUUUAAUUUGCAAUGUAUGAAUGUUGGUUGUAAAAUUUUGCGACUAAAUUUAAAGCAAUAAUUAAAUUCUAAAUACAUUAUUAUAAACUCCCAAGAUGGCCGAUCAAAUACUAAUAAUAUAGAUAUCAAAUGAAAAUGCCCCUGAGAGGAUUACAAUUGUAUAUAUAAGCUUCUCGUUAUUAUUUCUGGAAUAAGAAAGUUGAAAAUCUUAUUUCCUUUCAUCUAAAUAUAAAUUAAAAAAAUAUAUUAUUAAGUUGUAUGAUUAUUUUUAUUACAGACGUAACAUUAGAAGAUCAAAUUUUAACAACGACUAAAACGCCCACUGAGAAAGAAUCAUGUUCGAACACGUCAGGAGAUACAACACUCUUAGAUAAUUUGAAGAAACGUAAACCCGCCAUAUACGAUUCUGAUGUGGAAGAUUCGGCGGAAUCCAGUAGCGACGACGAGAGCCCUCCUGUACAACCAGUCGAUAGUAACAUCACCAUUCCCAUUUCAGAAUCAGUGUCAUCAACACCAGAGGGUACUUCUUCUAAAAAGAAAUUUCUAAAAAUGGUGGACAAAAUAGCAACCAAUAAGUAUUUCCAACAGGUAACAGAUUAUAAGUACGUGAAGCGUGCGAUGGAGGGGUUGUCCAAUACUGACAUCAAGUUGCAUUUAGAAAUAGAAGGACUGGAAGGUCGCCUCGCUAUCAACCUACCGCCGCCGCCUCAUGAUCGCAUUUGGAUUGGGUUCCGUACUAAUCCACAAUUGGUGCUGAAAGCGCGUCCAGCAGUGGGCGCACGCACUCUACGUUUCGCUCACAUAACCAACUGGAUAGAACAGAAACUCACCAAGGAGUUCGAGAAAGUUCUAGUGUUACCCAACAUGGAGGACAUCAUAGUGGACCUCAUGACGCCAACGCCUGUCGAGUUUGAAUAGUAAGUUCAUUAACGGGCAAAAUAACACGUACGAAUUAACAUGAAACCCGAAGACUAUUCGAUAUAUCUUGUCUGAUAUGACCUUUUGUCCCCCCCCCCCUUCUUUUGUUAAUGGGAAAAUGCACCUUAUGUCUUAAAUUUCCAGCCAUUAUAGCACAGUCGUCGAAAAGAAAGAAUUGACAAAAUUAGCUAGAUGCAUCUGUGCGAGCGCAAUAGUAAUAUACCCAAAGUUCAACCCACUACGGAAUAAUAUAGGGGGAGAAGGAGAGCCGUGGAUCUUCCGGGGUUCCCAUGACCUUGUUAGUGUUGGGUUA